AUGCUGCAAGUUGUCCUAAGCAGCAUCACGUUAUUUCUCUUGGUGCAACCUGGCUUUCCAAGGCCUGUUAAUCCCUUACAGUUACAGCGGCGAGAAUCGCAGGUGCUGGUCAAUGGUGCCGAAGUUACAGGCACCGGAACGACCCACGGGACGUCACCUGACUUGAUCGUCUUGCAACGCAUUCGCGGCAAUAUCCUUAAUUGGGAAUCUGCUGCAGCGGCUAAUGGUUAUACGGGCUGGGUGGGUGGCAACCCCUGCAGCGGCAACUGGACCGGGGUGCGAUGUAAUGGGCAGGGGCGUGUUGUGGAGCUGGUACUGGUCUGCACCCAGCAACCUUGCUUCUCCGGACCGCUAACCCAGGACUUCGCCAACCUGACUGCCCUCACUAAGCUGGACCUGUACACAUCCAACUUGUACGGCAGCCUGCCUGUGGAAUGGGCUGCGCCAGGCAGGUUUGAAAACCUCAGCUUUUUGCGCCUUUCGUUCAACAAUGCGAGUGGCACUGUCCCCCCUGAUUGGGGCCGACCAGGAGCUUUCCCGCACCUGCGCUCCCUGUUCCUGAACAACAAUAACCUGACGGGCACACUGCCUCCCGAGUGGGGCGCCCAGGGCAGCUUCCCCGCCCUGGAGCUGCUUUUCCUGGGUGACAACAAUUUCACAGGCUCACUUCCCAGCUCCUGGGGCAGCGAGGGGGCCUUCCCCCGGCUGUCACUGCUGUCCGCCAUCUCCAACCACCUCAGCGGGGCCCUGCCCCCCGUCUGGGGCACCGGGGGCGGCUUCCCCAUGCUGCAGGACCUCAUCCUCAUGGACAAUCGUCUCUCAGGUCCACUGCCGGGGGAAUGGGGCAGCGAGGGCGCGUGGCGGAAUCUCACAGGUUUACUCGUGGCCUUCAACCAGCUGACUGGCAGCCUGCCGCCCUCCUGGGCCAACCCUGGAGCCUUCCCUGCGCUAGGUGACCUGUACCUGCACCGAAACCGCCUCACCGGUCCACUGCCCCCUCAGUGGGGCUCGGAGAAAGCGCUGCGCAACCUGCGCUGGUUGUCAGCAUUCGGCAACCAGCUCACCGGGCCCCUGCCCUCCUCCUGGGGCGCCUCCCCGCUGGUGCUGCCCAACCUGCGCAACCUGUUCCUGUCGGACAACAACCUAAGCGGCUCAUUGCCGGUGGACUGGGGCCGCCCCAACGCCUUCCCACAGCUCCGAAACCUAGACCUCUCGUUCAACCCUGGACUGCACGGCCCCCUGCCUGACACGUGGGGCCUAUCCAGCGCUUUCCCCUCCCUGGAGCAGCUCCGCCUCCACAAUUGCUCACUGCGGGGCGGCCUGGAUAGCCUGGCGGUCCUCACAGUGCAGGAGAACCAGCUGUCGGGGCCUAUACCCGCGUCCUGGUCGCAAAGGACAGAUUUCGGAGCGCCGGUCCUGACGCUGGUGGCUAAGCCGGGCAACGAGGGGCUGUGCGGCGCGGCGCCCAAGGGGGUGGUGGUGGUGUCGGCGACACCGCCGAUGAACGCAAGUGGCGGCGGAGGGGGGGCCGCGGGUGUGCGGGGUGUGCAGGGUUUCGGAUCGGGGGGUGGUACGGGUGCAGGUGGGGCCAAGUGGAAAUGCAUGUUUGCGUCAGGUCCGCACAUUGUGACGCUCGGCUUCGCCGAAGUCCAAGGUCGGACCACCUUUUCACACCCUUUUGGAGAUACCGUUGAGCGGACAAGCUGUUCGCACAAGGACAGCGGUCCUAUCCGGCUGGCUGACUGGCUGUAUUGGUGGCUGGUCGGCAACAUGCAUGUGGAGGAGAAAGCAGUAACUUUAUUAGCUUAUGCAUUUCAGUAA